AUGAGCCUUGAUCCCAGUGCCUUUCCGAGGUCACUCUCCCCCGCAAGCUCCGAGAGCUCCUUGACGCGCUCCCGGCUACAAGGCAAAGAAGGGUCACUCAAGAAAGACAAAAACUACCGCCGAUAUGCCUCCAGUGUUGAACGAGCGCUCUCCUUGUUUGAUAACGCUCUCCAGGAAUGGGCCGACUACAUCUCCUUCCUCAGUCGCCUACUAAAGGCACUUCAAACGCACCCGCCCGACCAAUUCGUCGUCCCUCAUAAAGUGUUAGUGUCGAAGCGACUUGCGCAAUGCUUGAACCCAUCGCUCCCAUCGGGUGUACAUCAGAAGGCCCUCGAAGUCUACACAUACAUAUUUGGAUUGAUCAAGCUCGAGGGAUUAUCGCACGAUCUACCUUUAUAUCUCCCCGGCCUUGCACCAACAUUGACCUUUGCCUCUCUUACUGUCCGCCCAUUAUUUCUGUCUCUCGUAGAGGGAUACAUAGUCGACCUAGAGCCGUGGGCAAUCCGGCCAGCACUGAAAGCGAUUAUUUUGGCCCUACUCCCAGGUCUUGAGGAGGAGACAAGUGAUGAUUUUGAGCCGACACUGCGCAUAAUCAACAAGCUGAGAGAUGCUGCUUCAAAAUUAGAAACUCAACGGACAUCGGAAGCAGGGGCACCCGGUCAAUACUUUUGGCAAUGCCUUUUCCUCGCCUCUAUCACAAAUCCCAGUCGGCGCCUGGGCGUCCUCGCGUACUUGAAUCGCCACCUGCCGAAGCUGGGCAUCGCAGACCGUCGACCGAGUACGUCUGGCGGGAAUGUUGCGAACGAGCUCCCGGCUGAGAUGCUGGCCGCUGCAGACGCUGUCAUUCUACCAGAGCCUGGUCUACUGAUUCGUUGUUUUGCAUCUGGCUUAUCUGACGACCAGCUUCUUGUCCAACGGAACUUCCUUGAUCUUCUUGUCACCCACCUCCCACUCAGCUCGCCCAUUUUGCAAACCAGAAUUAUGCCCGGUGAUCUUCGGACGUUGGUCAUCGCAGCAGUUGGGGUCCUCACACGACGAGAUAUGAGCUUGAACCGACGACUCUGGGCUUGGUUCCUCGGGCCAGAUUCGCCGAAUGAUAGCUCUUCAAUGGAUGAUCGAAAAUUCUCCACUGACACCGGUCGGUCUGCUUCUAUUGACGGCAAGGAGCUCACUCAGUCACAGUACUUCAGCCGUUGUGGUUUACAACCGUUGGUCACUGGUCUUUUGGAUAUGAUAAAACAAGAACCGAGCCAUCCGUCUGAGCGAACCAAGCCCUUCCGCAUAGCUCUGUCGCUAAUGGACCGCUGGGAAAUCGGUGGGUAUAUUGUCCCUGCGGUGUUUUUGCCUACCGUGCGGAGCGUCCAGGCCUUUGGGAAAGAAGCCCCCAGAAAACACUUUGAAGAGGUGUUUCGCAGCGCGAGUGCCUUCUUCGAUGGCGUCGAAAGUGGUGUGAUAUUCUCCGAGCUUUUGGGACUGGUUGAUUAUCGGUCUUCAGAUGUCGAUGGCGACAGUGACCGAGUGUUGCGUGACUUGGAUCUGGCGCAAUUUAUCAUUGAAAACUUCAACUUGCGCGAGGAGGAUAUGAUUCAAGUCCACGCGCCUCUGCUAACAUUGUCUGUGCUCGCGAAGAUGAAGGAACUUUCAUCCAAAGAGAACAGUGCCAACAAGCAUGCCGUGUCCUCUGCAUUGACCAAGGUCGUCAAAUCCUUGACUGUCUUGCUCACGGAGCGGGCGUUCUCGAGGAAGGGUGGCUCUGUAAAAAACGUCAAUAACGACUCAAACGGGCGAGGUGCUGAUAUUCUGAAGACCAUCCACAGCUUCUAUGAACAAAGCAAAAAUAGCCUGGAGGUUCCCCCUCUUCCCUAUUCUCCCAAGAAUCUUUGCGAAAUGAUUAUUCGGGAGGCUCACGACCUAGCUAUUGCGGCGCUGGGCAGCCGCGAUGGCAACCUGUCUGUUCAGGAACCCUUGGAUAUUCUUGUGGCUUUGCUCAAGAAGCUUCCAAAGUCGCGCAUUCUACGGGAUCGCAAACUAUAUGUAGCCCUCUCUGAACGAUUAGAUUCUGGGAAGGACAAGGCGACAACUGCCUCUUUCUCAAUUAUCGCAACAAUCGCUUCGACAGUGGCAAGUCUGUUUUUCAUCCACACUCCCGGCUACUAUGUGGCCUAUGAGGAUGCUUGUGAUAUCAUCCCUUCUCUUGUCAAUCGGCUUUGGUGGUACUUAUCCCCGUUGAGUCCGAAGUUCCACGUGGAAGCUGUACGCUGCUUAUGGCUCCUGCAGUCGAUCUCCUGGAUGGAUCACCUUGUCGAAGCGUCCUUGACGACUCUAAUGGUCAACGUAUCAACCGCAGGCUCUCGUCACCUGUCAUCUGAGCAACAAGCUGAGCGAUUCUUCGUCUUGUGGAAUCACAGCCACCACAAUACACACGAGCAACCGCCAAAACAAGUGCUUGAUGUUGGAGGCACUAUGUUCUCAUACCAAUGUUCCAUGCUUGAACGCCCGCUCUUUAUUGUCCUUGACCUUCUCUCCCAAGAGUCAAGUGAUAGUUCACAGAGUGUUCAGUUGUGGCUUCAGGACUUACCGUCUAUCCACAAGGUUUUCCAUGUAGUCCUUUCGAAACUUGAUGAACUGUCUGAGCAUGGUGACAUGAGUGAGAAGCAGAUAGACAACCACCCGAUCUCCCCGGAUGAUUACAAGGAAUGUGACUACUUGCUGAAAACCUCCUCAAAUAUCAUCUCUGCGCUUGCGCACAAUGGAUGGGCCACGCUCCUAGGUCAUGUCCUGGGCAACGAAAAGCGCCCUGAAAAGUCCAAGUCGGAAGACAUUUCAGACUUGAAAAGUCUUCAUUCCGCUAUAUUUGACGCCUCUCUUCGGAUCGUCAGCACACCAAGCCCAGAUAUCAUGGAGGCCACCGUAGAAGGGGAGCGACUGCAGAAAAGUGCACUCCAGCUCAUGCGGCAACUUCUUCUUGGGCCCGGGGCAGAGGACCUUGUGGAGUCUGGCAUCGAUGAACUCUUGGUAGAACGCCUUCUAGUCUCAUCUGAGGGGGGUAGCAUUGCAGUACAGGGUGCACUGAUUGACGCGCUCCUUGCUGCAUUAAAGGUACGAUUUGCGCAAGCGUAUCUGCCGCCACCUCCACCUCGACCUAAAGAUCUACGAGCGGCUUCUCGGGAUCGGCUAACUAGUCCUUCGCUCCUCUCGUUUACCAGUGAUAAGGGAGACAGAAGAGCGUCAAUACCCCAAUUACCGCACCCGCCAGAGCGGCUCUUGGAUUGUCUCCUCAAGGGAAUCAGCUCACCUAAGUCUCGUGAAAUCGUCGACAAGUGGAUAGUGCUGCUUUGUGAGGUACUCCCACUGUACGCAGGCUCCAUAUUCCAGAUCCUAUUGAUGCUUGUGGAAUGUCUGUGCAGGGAGAUCCGGGCAUCAUAUGGUAGGCUUCAGCUGUCCUUCCAGCAAACAGAGGAUUGGCCGCAGGACCGCUCCGAGCAUGUUACAGUUGCUCUCUUGACUGGACUCGAGACUUGUAUCGCAAAUGCCCACGAGCUCCUCAUCGUGGAAGAGUCUAAUGUUCCAGCCGUCAGAAGCCCCGACCAAGUACAGGGCUUUUUCGGGAACAUGGUGUCGGGAGUCUUUCACUCGGAAGGCGGGCAAGGUCGCCCUAACACCGCCAACGACCGGCUGACUGUUCUACUUUGCUUCCAAGACGCCGUUCGCUUAUGCUUCUCUAUUUGGUCAUGGGGAGCUGGGGAUCAUAGUGUCUCCCGCCCUGAGUCUGAAUCUUUGGCGUCGUUCCAAUACACCUCGUUGCGAAUGAGAAACCGAUCACGGCGAAUCUUGGAGCAUUUCUUCACCGCGGAGGCACUUGAGUGUCUUGAGACCCUGGUGGAGAUGUGGACCAAGUCUGACACGGAGACGGCGUCGCUUAUCUUUGACCUUCUACAUACACUGGAUGGGUCAAGCCCGAAAAUCGCCAUGCCUGCGAUUUUCAAUGCCAUCUAUACCCGCACUAAUCCCAGUGCCUUGGACCCUAGUCGCAAGUCUUCCAUGACUUCGAAUCUCUCAGAGUCUGAGCUUGCUAGCUUCCUCGUUACCUAUGCCCGGUCACUAGACGAUGACGUCCUUGAUGAGAUUUGGUCGGAUUGCACAACGUUCCUGCGGGAUGUUCUCAGCAAUCCAUUCCCACACAGACAGAUCCUUCCACGCUUGAUUGAAUUUGCGGCUAUUCUGGGAGUGAAGUUGGAGAAUACAACCUUUGGGGAAGACCGCCGCAUGCGAAAAGAACUUGGGGAUGUUCUCCUACGUCUCCUUACGGCAGUCUUUACGAGCAAGCCCUUAGGCCUCAACCAGGACACUGGGCCUAUGGCGAGAUCUUCGGUGGAUUAUGAUCGUACCUCGGUCUCUCACACUGGGCCCGAUGACAUGCUGAGCAUCCUAGCAGUCUCCAUGCCAUCGUUUAUCACGACCCUGGGUGACUCGGACCGCAUCAACAAUGCCAUUACUGGAGUCUCGACCAACGUGGUGGGCCCUCUGAUCAGGUCACGCCUGUUCCCGAACAAUCUCAACAGCAGCGUCAUGGUUCUGUUGCAGCAUAUGGCAAAAGUACCUGCUGCGGCGAAGGUGUGGAAAAAGGACAUAUCCGAUGCAUUCAAUGAUGCCCGAUUCUUUGGAUUACAGUUGGAUUUGGUUAAGGGCAGCUGGAUGGACCUAUUACGCCAGUGGGUUCUUGCUGACAAGGACCGGCUAUCCGAACUACUCGUCCGCCUUCCACCACCAAGCUCAGCAGGUAUCAUGUUUGGCGUUGGAGCCUCUGCAGCUCGCUUGGAAGCCGAUCGCAAAGCGCAGCUCAACCUCCGGCGAAUCGCGCUAUUACUCCUUUCCGCUAACGAUGAUUACUUUGUUGGCGAAUUGCCAGCAUUGCUCCAGAAACUGGAAGACCUUCUUGUGGCGACCAGCGCCUCAUCUCCAUCAUCUGCCACUCGGGCGGAAGUGUUCAUGGUCCUUCGUGCCGUUGCACUCAAGACCUCUGCUUCAGCCAUGGCGCCAUUCUGGCCUCUGAUAAACACCGAACUACAAGAAGCCAUCUCUGCAGUACCCCAGGGCUCUCAGCCUGAGCUCUACAACCCUUACUCGCUGCUUCAAGCAUGCAAACUUCUCGACAUUCUCCUCGUCCUCGCCCCAGACGACUUCCAGCUCCUUGAGUGGCUGUUUGUAACCGACACAAUCGACGCGGUCUACCCACCAGACCGCUGGGAUCCAAUUGCUUUGGCAGACGAGGUUUCUCACUCUUUCGGCCCACGCGGUGCAGCCUCACCCACUCUCCCUACGGAGACUAACGAGCCCCAGGUUCGUAGUGGUCUCAAGCGGCCAUGGCUCAUCUCAGACUGGAUUCGAGAGACAGCUAAGGAUGAGAUUGUCGAGCGAGUCCUGCGACCUUUCUUUAAUCGACUGAGUAUCUAUGUGUUUGAGAGUACGUACGGCAUGGGCAGCGUAGAUCUUACACUGUGCCGGGAUGAUCUGUUGGCGGAUCUCUUCAACGAGAACACAAUGGCGAAUUAA